CUGUGGCUAUCGUAUGGCGUUGUCAACAAACGCUGCCUUUCCUCGUCGACAUCGUCUAUAAAAAAAAAUAAAACGCAACUUAUCACGCUACUAACGGAUUUAAAGUUAUCUAACGGGGAACAUUUCUGUUAUUCAGCACUCCUUUCGACUCAAGUUACCUACCAGUGAUCAAAAUGGGCCGGAUCUUCUUGGAUCACAUUGGUGGCACUCGCCUCUUCUCUUGCGCCAACUGUGACACUAUUCUGACCAACAGAGCAGAGCUGAUCUCCACACGCUUCACUGGAGCCACAGGCCGGGCCUUCCUCUUCAACAAGGUUGUCAAUCUCCAGCACAGCGAGGUUCAAGACAGGGUCAUGCUGACGGGAAGACACAUGGUACGGGACGUCAGCUGCAAGAACUGCAACAGCAAGCUCGGGUGGAUGUACGAGUUUGCUACGGAGGAAAGCCAGCGUUACAAGGAGGGCCGAGUCAUCCUGGAGAGGGCGCUAGUGAGGGAGAGCGAGGGUUUCGAGCACGUACCCACAGACACCUCUUGAAAAGUAUUGCGGGGUGUUAGCCUUACAGUCGCUCAAAGUCCGCACGUACCACAGCUCUGCCUCCGACCGCAGUGCACCGACUUGCAUAUAAAGGGGGAGUCCCGACAACGCCGAAAUAUCACAGUUUAAACAAGAAAAGUGUGUAACAACAUUGCUUCCAUUUCUCUUUAAACUGCCUUGAAUGUCAUUGUGUUCACUGGCUGUGAUGUUGAAUAUGGUGCCAUAGAAUCAGGAUGGAGGGAUGGGUUGCAUACUCGCUUUGGCCAGUUUAGACUGUUCAGUCUAAUGAAGUGAGGGGAAGAUUAUCAUUUAUGCAACAUUCUUUCAGUGUGUUGCCAGGCUUGAAACUAUUUAAUUUUCAUACAUAAAAUAUGUUAACUAUUAUUGAUUGGUUUUAUACAUACAUACACACAGGAUGAUUAGUACAUUUUUGUUGCAAGGGUUAAAGCUUUCCAGCUGAUAUUUGAACUGUUAACUCUUUUGGCGCAGUGCAUCCAGAAAGUAUUCACAAUGCUUCACUUUUCCCACAUUUUGUAAUGUUACAGCCUUUUUCCAAAUUGGAAAUCUGUUUUUGUUCUCAAAAUUCUACACACAAUAACCCUAAGGAACAGUGUGAAACGUUUUAAAAAAUUGUGAAUGUACAUAAGUACAACAUUUGCUCAACAGCCCUUUUGGCAGCAAUUACUGCCUUACGUAUAUUUGAAUACGAUGCCACCCAUCGACACCUAUCUCUGGGCAGUUUCACCCAUUCCUCUUUGCAGCCCCUCAAGAUCCAUCACGUUGGAUGAAAAGUGUUGGUUGUAAUCCAGGAUGUCUCUGUACAUUAAUGCAUUCAUCUUUCCCUCUAUCCUGACUAGUCUCCCAGUUCCUGCUGCCGAAAAACAUCCCCACAGCAUGAUGCUGCCACCACAAUCCUUCACUGUAGGAAUGGUAUUGGCCUGGUGAUGAGCCGUGCCUGCUUUCCUCCAAACAUGACUGGCUUUCACGCCAAAUAGUUUAAUAUUUGUCUCAUCAGACCAGAUAGUUUUGUUUCUCAUGGUAAAGAGUAUUUCACUUUUUUUUUUUUUUUUUACAAAGAAAUGGCUUUCGUUUAGCUACUCUACCAUACAGGUCUGAUUGGUGGUUUGCUGCAGAGAUGAUGUUCUCCUCUCUCCACAGAGGACGUUUGUAGUUUUGACAGAGUGACCAUCUGGUUCUUGGUCACCUCCCUGACUAGACUAAAAUGAAUGCAGCAAUGUUCAGAGACCAUCCAUCCAUCCAUUUUCUACCGCUUGUCCCUUUUUUUGGGGUCGCAGGGGGUGCUGGAGCCUAUCUCAGCUGCAUUCGGGUGGAAGGCGGGGUACACCCUGGACAAGUCGCCACCUCAUCACAGGGCCAACACAGAUAGACAGACAACAUUCACACACGAGGGCCAAUUUAGUGUUGCCAAUCAACCUAUCCCCAGGUGCAUGUUUUUGGAGGUGGGAGUCACGGGGAGAACAUGCAAACUCCACACAGAAAGAUCCCGAGCCCGGGAUUGAACUCAGGACUACUCAGGACCUUCGUAUUGUGUACAGAGACAUCCUUGAUGAAAACCAAUGCUUCACAUUCAACCCGAUGGCGCUUGAGAAGUGCUGCAAAGAAGAAUGAGUGUUACUGGCCAAAGAUCGGUGUGCCAAGCUUGUGGCAUCGUAUUAAAAAAGACUAGAGACUGUAAUUGCCGCCAAAGGUGAAUCGACAAGUAUUGAGCAUAUGGUUUUUUAGUACGUUAAAUUAGAAAAGUUAUUUUUGGGAUCUGAGCCGAGGAUGUCGUUGUGGCUUGUGCAGCCCUUUGAGACACUCGUGAUUUAGGGCUAUAUAAGUAAACAUUGAUAUUUCAAAAAACCUUUUCACGUUGUCAUUGUGGGGUAUUGUGUGUAGAAUUUUGAGGAUUUUAUUUUCUAUUUUGGAAUGAGGUUAUAACAUAAUAGAUGGAUGGAUGUGAAAAAUAGUGAAUACUGUGAAUACUUAGCGGAUGCACUGUAAAUGUAGUUAAUGUAACACUUGAAAAAAUACAUAGUCUUCAUGUAGAUGUGUUCUUUGGCGCAUGUUGUACCUCAAUCACUGAAAAACAGUAAACUAUUGUCGUUAUCAAUAAAAUCAUGUAUUCAAAAUUACAUUUGUACUCUUUGAAUUCCACGCUUAUUUUGAAUGUUGGCCGGGGGCUGGUGGGCAGCCUAGGACUGAGUCGGCUCCAUCAGGCGCUUUGUUGGGUCUGUUCCAGUCUCUGGACGCCCAGCGGAUGUUGGUGUGGAGCAUCGCGGAGGCAUUAGGAUGGUGUUUUUGUUUUGUCGUUUGUCUCUGCAUGGUGCCGUCGUAUGUGCGCAACAUGUACAAUAAUGUUUUUCUCAUUUUUUGGUUUUUUUCCAUAUUUAUAGUUUUUCAUUGCGUUUGACUUUUGUGGCUGUAUGUAGAAAUGGCGCCAAGUUGCAGAUUCUUAUGUUUACCUCCUUAAUUUUACAUGUUUUGCCUUUGUGGACUAUUUUGGGCCUGCACUGAAACCACGUGGUUUUGAUGCGCGCCUUAAUUUUACAAUUGAGC